AUGGUGUGCAGUUGACGUUUCAGCAAAAAAUAAAAAUAAAUGAUAAAACUUUAGCAGAAAGAAAAUUUGAGGCGCUCUUUUUUGGAAAAUAAAGGUGCAAUGGAUCAAAAAAGCGACAACGGAGUGUUUCUUGAGCUCCACGAGAUGUUUGGGGACUGUGUGCCACGAAAUGUGAUCAAUGAGAUCGGGAAUAAAAUGUCCUGGGACGUGACAAGCACCGUGGACCAGCUGAUAAAGUACAUUGAGGAACAAAAUGCAGGACCGACGGUGCGGGAGGGGAAUCCGAGAAUCCAGUACAAGGUAUCCGAGUGCCAGGAGAACGACAGGGAUGUGGAUGUGCUGAUUGAGUCAGAAAAUUAUAAAAUACCUGAUGUUCAGGCGAGAUCAACAGGUGCCAUAAGAAAGCAACCCAGGGAGACUCCACCAAAGAUACCCAACUUUGCAGACUUUCUGCGAAAUGGACAGAAUACCUUUAUGGACACCACACCGAGGAAGGCAUCUCCUGUUGUGAAGAAUCCCGAGCAUCCACUGCUGGAGGAAGUUUGUAAGGAGAUCAAUUCCGGCGUGAAAGUCAUGAUUAUCAUGCGAGGACUUCCGGGAAGUGGAAAAACACAUCUGGCUGAGAAAAUUGUGGAUCACACAGUGGGUGGAGACUAUCGGCGACACAUCUUUAGUUCCGAUGAUUUCUUCUACGACGUCAAUGGGGUGUACCAUUACAACAUAGACAAGCUAUCAGAUGCGCACUCCUUCAACCAGAAUAAUGUCUUCAAGAGAGCCUACGAUGGAUGGAGCCCCAUUAUUGUGGAUAACACGAAUAUGCGGCUAUGGGAGAUGCUUGUUUACUGCAAGUACGCCAUCAGAUUUGGCUACAUUGUUCGCGUAAUGCAGCCAACCACCCCAUGGGCGUGGAAUGCGACUACUUUGAGUCAGAAGAACAGGCAUCAGGUGCCACGGGAUUCCAUUGAGCGGAUGCUCCUCAAGUAUGAGAAACUAAACAGCGAGAAUGAGCUUCUCCCAAUUUUUGGGCUAACCUACGCAGUUGCAAUGCCACAAUUUCGGCACCAUCCACCCAUCAUCGCCAAAGUAGAUGCCCCCAUGGCCGCGGUGGAGGAACCCCUAAUUGGGAACAUUGAAAUUCACAACGAUCUCAAAGCCCCGCCACUCUUUAGUUUCGUCGAAAAACCCCAACUGAGCUCGAAUCAGAGCAAAUCUGACUUUACAAGUGACGGUAGUACCACCAUAAGUCCCGAUCAAAUGACCAUUGACUGGCCCACACAUGAAGAAGAUGCCAAUCGCUUCUGGAACACAGACAUCAUGAAUCAACCACCUAAAACUACCGCCAAGGUAGCAAAUGCAGUGAAGGAUCAGAGAGCGCCCAGAAAGAAUAGCGUUCCAGAAGAUUCUCUUCUUCAAGUACUAAAAGAAUCCAUUGUGCUCAACAAGGAUGACGCAUCCAACAAGACGGAAAAGAAGCUGGAAAAGCACAGGAAGGGUUGCCGAAAUGAGAAUGAAGCUUUCGUCCAAGUGCGUCAAAUCUACCCAACAAUCUCCCUUCAGUAUCUCUGGGAUUUAUUUGUCAACUGCAAAGGAGAUUGCGAGUGGACUGUGGAUAUUAUUCUGCAGGAAGAAACGCAAGUACCUCAAAAUACGGACAACACAUCGUCAGAUGAUUUUUCCUGCACAUGCGAUGGGAUAGAAUACAGGGAGACACCGUGGGAGGAUGUGGAGCAACAUAAAACUCCCGUGGAGAAGAAGAUGAAGGAGGAGACAAACAUUUCCACGCCGCAACGUCAACGGAAUCAGAGGAUGAAGAAUGUUGCGAGGGAGGAUUUAGUUGCUGCAAAGAGACGUGUUGAGGAGAUGAUUUUCGUCAAGGAUGAACAUUUAUCGGAUCAUGUGAAGAAAAUUCGUGAUAUACGACGUGGAAUCUUUCCUACGGCAUCCACGAGCACUGACAUCACCCCAUCUGCCGUCAUGGUGGAGUUGCAGGAGAAUGCGGAGAUGGGAGCUUAUGGGGGUGUACGAGAACAAUCACCCUCAUCGGAGACGUCUGAUCCCGAUGCCGAGGAGACGGUUGAGGUGGAUUUGGGGGAUACGCUGAUAAAUCACAUGGAAAACCUUUUCUUCGACGGGAGUAUCUGUGAGAAGCCGAAGGAUUUAAAGACAACGGUUUUCAUGCCAAUGUCUCUGCUGAGGCAAUUGCAUGCCCUUUGGGUAGAAUCACUCUUCAAUCAACUCGAUGAGCAACGUGCACGUGAUCUCAAGGAGGAUGAAAAGUAUGCUCGGAUGCUGCAAAUGGAGGACUUGGGCAAGAAUCCGGAUUUAUUUUUGCAAGAUGGAGUAGAAUUUGGGGAUAUGGCUGACAUGGAGAUCACAUGGGAGGCCUACAAGAGGGAACAGUGCCAGAAUACAACGCCAAAGGAUCUGGCGUCGCAGCUCACGCGGAAUAAGCUGUAUGAGACAUUUCCAGAGGCAGAUAGGGGUUUCCUGGAUGAAAUCCUUGCGUCGAAUAAUUACAAAUUUGCCCCUACAGUGGAUCUCCUGAGGCACUCACUCGGACUUGAAGAGACGAAUGUGAAGAAGAGUGGAUUGAAGAUUAUUGAGGAGAUUAAGCAAGAAAAUGACAAAAUAAAUCAAAAGGCAAAGAUAGUGGAAGUGAAAGGAGACGAAAAAUCCUUGACGAGGAAGCGACAUAUUAUCCUGGAGGACUUUGAGGAGAAUCGCAACAAGGCAAGUUACCACACACAACUGAAGACUGAAUGCUACCAGAAGGCACAAGAUGCUAUCCGGAAGAAUAUGCCAGGUGUUGCGGGCUACUACACUCAAGUGGCGAAUUUGCACAAGAAGAAAAUUGAGGAGUUCAAUCAUCAGGCGGCAAAUUGUAUAGUGGAGGCGCACAAUUUGAAGCAGAACUCAGACAUGCUGGAUUUGCACUACUUACACGUUCCGGAGGCACUUGUGAGCCUCGAUCUCUUCCUCGAUAGGCAAAUCAAUCAGCUGCGGACGCAGAAAAAGCCAUACAAGUUUGUCUUUGUGAUCACAGGGAGGGGACUACACAGCAUCAGGGGUGUAGCAACAAUCAAGAACAACGCUAAGCAACGGUUAGCUCAGCGAAGGCUCAAAUGCUCAGAAGUUAAUCCGGGUCUGCUGAAAGUGAAAAUUUUCUACAAUUCCAAAAUGUUUGAAGAAUUCUAAUGGAGUGUAUCCCCAUGAUGAUGUCCUCUCGUCCCAUCAAUUGCCUUACCAAACGUUUUAGCUUACAUUUUUUUCUCUUAAGUAAUAACAUUUAGUGAAUAGUUUUGUAUCCAAAAGAAUUUUUUAGUACCACGACGACCAAAUCUUUAUUAUAUAUUUUUUUGUUAAUCAUUUUCAGGUCACUUGUAGUCUUUUGUGUUUAAGGAAAAGUAGGGUAAAGUAGAUUAAAAACUAAAAUGAAAGUGCUCGUACCUGAAUUGUGAUUAAUCUUUUACAAAAAAAAGACCAUCUAAGUUUAAGUUUAGAGAUUUAUGUAAAUUUACAUAAUAUAUAUUAAGUAAAUAUAUAUUAUUAGUAUAAGUGUUGAAGUCGUGACAAAUGAAAAGAAAAGAAAAACUAUACAUUUUUGAAGAUUAUAUUUUUUUAAUUUCUAUUAAUUAUUGAAAUGGAUUUUUUGAAAUUGGAAAAUAAAAAUUAUUUACGGCCUUACGAAA